CUUCCGCGGUCGCCGGCGUUCCGGAGCCCAGACGCCGCCUCCGAGUCGCCCGGCACCUUCUGUUGGGUCAGCGGCGUGUCGGUCGCGCCGCUCGGCUCGCUGUCCGCCCGUGCGCUCUCGCGGCCGGCCGGCCGAGCUCCCCCUCCCGUGUCCCCAGGCUGGUCCGGGGAAUCCGGGCACCUCCUCGACGGCGGCCCCGCCGGACGCGCGGACGGGGCCGCAGCCGGCACCCGGAGCGGACCGCGUCAUGAGGCACCUGCCGUACUUCUGCCGCGGCCAAGUGGUGCGGGGCUUCGGCCGCGGCUCCAAGCAGCUGGGCAUCCCUACAGCUAACUUUCCUGAACAAGUAGUAGAUAAUCUUCCACCUGAUGUGUCCACUGGCAUUUAUUAUGGUUGGGCCAGUGUUGGAAGUGGAGAUGUCCAUAAGAUGGUGGUGAGCAUAGGAUGGAACCCAUACUACAAGAAUACAAAAAAGUCCAUGGAAACUCAUAUCAUUCAUACUUUCAAAGAGGACUUCUAUGGGGAAAUCCUCAACGUGGCCAUUGUUGGCUACCUCAGACCAGAAAAGAACUUUGAUUCUUUAGAGUCACUUAUUUCAGCAAUUCAAGGUGAUAUUGAGGAAGCUAAGAAACGACUGGAGUCACCAGAACAUUUGAAACUCAAAGAAGACAAUUUCUUCCAGGUUCCUAAAAGCAAAAUAAUGAAUGGCCACUGAUGGAAACUCAUGUAUUCAUUCACUGUUUUCUAAUAUUUUACUGCUUAAAACUCUACAGUCUCAUCUUGGUUAUACUUUAAAAAUCAAACAUUUUCCUGCAGCUGUGAAUUAGUUUAAACAGUACAAUGUAGUUACCAUAUUAUGUUCCAACUGUUCAGUUAAAACCAUCAUGUUACAGUACUAAAAAGGUUCAUUUUAAAAAUCAAGAUUCUUUUUAUGUAAUAUGUUGAUUAAAAUGUACCACUAGAAAGCUCUUAAGUGUCUUAUAAUGGAAAUGAAAUAUAUAUAAAUAUGGGUAACAGGCAAGUCACUAGUUUGAGGUGAGAACUAUAGUUCUCAUGGUAAAAUUCUAGCAUGCACGUGCUUGUAUAGCAUGUUCUGCUAAUCAGAAGGCUUAUAAGGGUGACUGUAUUAAGCAGAGGUUUGACAUGUUUAUUACAAACCUAAGGAGAAAAAUCCAGGCUUAGUAUUUUUGUUAUUUUGUGCAUUUAUUUAUUAUUAUAGACAUGAAGACUUAUGAAAUUUCAUUGUAAUUAGUCAUUUCCUUUAAGGGCUUAAAUGGUACUGUGUUCUAUUUUUGUUACAGCUGCCUUGGUUCAAAUUGGUCUAGACUCUGCCUAUUUUGUUUGUUUGUUUUUCUUUUAAAACAGUAAAGUGAGUGUUUUUCGAAUCUCUAGGUCUCAUUUAUGUUAACACUUCUCUCUUUUUAAGAGUAGAUAUUCUUCAACAUUUUUCUUAACCUUUGUUUCCUGUAAACAAUUGUCAGUAUCAGUUUUUCCAUUUAGAAUAUCCUACAGCUCUGUAUUUACAAAAUGUAGAGUUUCAUCUGCGUCUCUAUCUGCCAUCCCUUCCCUUCACUGUAUGAACAGUGAUUAAGCGCACAUCUCUGGCAUUUUAGAAAAAACAUCCAAAACUUCAUCUGUGCGUUUCCUCAAGGGCUUCCUAGGUGGUGCAGUGGUUAAGAAUCCGCCUGCCAGUGCAGGGGACACGGGUUCGAUCCCUGCUCCAGGAAGAUCCCACGUGCCAUGGAGCAACGGAACGCAUGCACCACAACUAUUGAGCCUGCGCUCUAGAGCCCGUGAGCCACAACUAUUGAGCCCAUGUGCUGCAACUACUGAAGCCCAUGCGCCUAGAGCCUGUGCUCUGCAAUAAGAGAAGCCACAGCAAUGAGGAGCCAGCGCACCGCAACGAAGAGUAGCCCGCCCACUCACUGCAACUAGAGAAAGCCCGUGUGCAGCAACAAAGACCCAACACAGCCAAUAAAUAAAUUAAUUAAUUAAAAAAAAAGAAUACUGAAAUAUAUUAAAAAAAAUUUAAAUGAACACCUAGAAGUUCAUUUAUACAUACCAGUUUCUUAAACAACACAAAACACUUGUUUUCCCCCAGGGAAACUAUUUAAGAGCCAACAAAACUAUGAAAUAGAAAAUUGUUUUUAAUGUGAUUAUAUGUUCCUGAGCAAAUGCAAACUGUUGUAGUUGUGUGUGCAUGAUUUAAUUUAAGGCUGAAGAGUGCUUGUAGCUGGGGGAAAGGCAUAGAUAAUAAAGUUUUAGUUAAAUAAUGUUCAUGGUAUGCAUUUUCCCUCCUACUAACUACUAAGAAGUGAUUUUUGGCUACUUGACAUGUCUAUGUUGGCAGAAAGUUGAAAUCCUGGGAUAUUUAGGAAAUUGAGACUAUAGAUUGUUUGGGUCCCUGCAGCACAUUGCAAUAUUGUUCACUUUAGCACUAGAUUUGGUGAGGGGAUUGGGGGCAGAAGUAUCUGGAAGGUAAUUUUAAUGAUAACUCAUUAUAAAAUCAUUUUCCCCUAAUCUGCAUAAAUGAAUUAGAGAACUGAUUUUAACAAAACUGUGUAUGUAAUAUUUAGAAAAACAUCUAAAGCUAAUGUUGGAGAAGGGGGAAGCAUGAAUAAAUUCGGUUGGUUUGUUUUUACUUUUUGGUGUAUGAAUGUAUGGCAAACAAUGUAGUAUAUGUCUUUUUCAUUUUUCUUUAUAGAAAUACUUAGAAAAUGUAAUUUAAUGUUAGAAAUCCUAUACUUGAAAGAAGCCUCAAUUAUCAGUGGCUUUAUGAAACAAAGUUGAAAACAAACAUGGAAAGUGUAAAAACAGAUACGUGUUUGAAUAGCUUGCUGCUGAUUAUGUCUUCAUUAAGUGUGGAAAUUCUUUGGUAUUAUAUCGUCAUCUUACAUUUUGUUAAAUAACUUUCGCUUUUGAAAAAUGUGUAGUGUGUGGUUUAGGUGUUAAUAGUGUCUACAUUUUUUUAAGUUUUAUAUUAAGUAUUUAUAUGUUAUAAGAAGUUGCAGUAGGGCCAUUUUCAAUUAGUGUUUUCAGGCCUUGAAAUAAAUCUUGACCAAACGAUGU